AUGGGCUGCAUGAAAUCAAAGCAAACUUUCCCAUUUCCCACCACACUUGAGAGUGAGAAGAGGCGUGUGAGUGAAGAAAACUUUGUGCCUGAAGAGAAAUUUCUACCCAGGAGACCUUCUCUAGUUAGCGUCAAAGAGGAAGUGGAGGGACCCCCAGGGCCUCAAAUUGUGGUCUUCGAAUUUGCACAGCACCUGUCCCAGGAAAUCUUGAGUGAUGCCUUGCAGCAGUGGGCAGGCAACAACCUCAAGUACUAUGACAUCCCAUAUAUUGAGAGUGAAGGGCCUUGA